UGUCAAGCACAAGAUCAAGAUACCACCACCAUCAUCAUCAUCAGCCACCAUCAUGUCGGACGUCUCGUGGGAUGACGAUGACUUCGAGCCCAAGAAGGCCACACCGGCGCUACCGUCCGACAAAUGGGAUGGGGAGGACGAGGACGAUGUGAAAGACAAUUGGGAUGACGAAGAGGAUAGGGCGCUGGCCGCCAACUCCACCGCCACCACCACCACCACCACCACACAAGUCAAGAAGAAAAAGAAGAAACUCGGUGACAUAAUAGCAGAGAAAGAGGCUAAGCAGCAGGAGGAGGUGGAGCGGAGGCGGAGGGAGCUGGAGGAGAGGGCGACCAAGAGCACACUGGAGGGCCAGCUGGCGGAGAAACUCAGACUACAGAAGGUGCAGGAGGAUGCCGACCUCCAGCUGGCCUCAGAGCUGGUUGGGGACUCCACCUCUUCCACGCAGGACGAUGACUGCCGCCUGCUGGAGGGCGUGGACCUGAGCACAGCGGAGGGCCUGUCUUCCCUGCGGCGCUCCCUGGUGGCCAAGAUCAGGGAAACAGACCGUCUGGAGAAGCGACCCGCGUAUAUAGCCUUCCUGGAGGACCUGGUGCGGGACCUCUGCCAGAACGUGGAGGUGGACGAGGUGAAGAAGGUGACUGGGGUGCUCAAUACUUUGUACAACGAGAAGAUGCGCGCCAACAAGCCCAAGAGUAAAAAGAAGCAGCUGGGCAAGGCUAAGCUCAACGUAGGAUCUGGCCCUCUGGUGGAUGACUUUGCCGCAGAAUAUGACGAUUUUAUAUAGUGCUGAGUGGUGUUAGUAGAUUAAUAUUGUUGCUCUUCCUCCUCCUCCUCCUCCUCCUCCUCCUCCUCCUCCUCCUCCUCCUCCUGUAACUCUUCUGCUACCUCUAAUGUGAUUCUUGUUCUUAUCUCUCUCUCUCUCUCUCUCUCUCUCUC